GCCCUCGGGAGCGCGGGGCAGAGGGACGCUGGCUACCCUGGACAGCGCAUCGCCGCCCGCCCGCCCGGGUCGCGGCCGUGGAUCAUGGAGCAUCUAAAAGCCUUUGAUGAUGAAAUUAAUGCUUUUUUGGACAAUAUGUUUGGACCUCGAGAUUCUCGAGUCAGAGGAUGGUUCAUGUUGGACUCUUACCUUCCUACCUUUUUCCUUACUGUCAUAUAUCUGCUUUCAAUAUGGCUGGGUAACAAAUAUAUGAAGAACAGGCCUGCUCUUUCCCUCAGAGGUAUUCUCACCUCGUAUAAUCUCGGAAUCACACUUCUCUCCCUAUAUAUGCUGGUAGAGCUUGUUCUCUCCAGUUGGGAAGGAGGCUACAACUUACAGUGUCAGGAUCUUGCCAGUGCGGGCGAAGCUGAUAUCCGGGUGGCCAAGGUGCUGUGGUGGUACUACUUCUCCAAAUUAAUAGAGUUCCUGGACACAAUUUUCUUUGUUUUGCGGAAAAAAACCAGUCAGAUUACUUUUCUUCAUGUAUACCAUCAUGCCUCGAUGUUCAACAUCUGGUGGUGUGUUCUGAACUGGAUACCUUGUGGACAAAGUUUCUUUGGACCCACACUGAACAGUUUUAUCCACAUUCUCAUGUACUCCUACUAUGGGCUGUCUGUGUUUCCGUCUAUGCACAAGUACCUUUGGUGGAAGAAAUAUCUCACGCAGGCUCAGCUGGUGCAGUUUGUGCUCACCAUUACGCAUACCAUGAGUGCUGUCGUGAAACCGUGUGGCUUCCCCUUCGGCUGUCUCAUCUUCCAGUCUUCGUACAUGCUUACAUUAGUCAUCCUAUUCUUAAAUUUUUAUGUUCAGACAUACCGAAAAAAGCCAGUGAAGAAAGACAUGGAGGAUCCACCUGCAGGGAAAGAAGUGAAGAAUGGUUUUUCCAAAGCCUACUUGACCGCAGCGAACGGAGUGAUCGGCAAGAAGGCACAGUAACGCCGAGGGGCAGACAAAGCAUACAUAAUAGCCUAACAGAUUCGCUUGUUUUAAAGCAAAGACUGAAUUCAAAGUUAUAUAUGUUUUGACAUAAACUAAUUUCUUUUGAGUUUAUAAAUCAUUUGUACCCAAAUGUGUUAAUAUAUUGCUGUUAGGUUAAUCUGUUAACUGAAUGCUUCCAUCAGCAUUGAGGUGAGGCUGAGCUCUGUAGACCUCAGAAUCGGUGCCACUUCUCAUCCUCCCCUCUCGGUGGGACUGAACCCCUCCCCAGAAACGUCCUCAUUACGCCUUAUACACAGACAAAGCCGGGAAACAGGGAACAGUGUUCUUCACAGCAAGUCUGCAAAUAAAAAGUUAGGGUUUUGUUCAGAUUAAAAUGUUUAAAACAAAAUGUUAAUUGUCUUCUAAAUACAGGGUAUGUUCUAAUCUAUAUUAAGCAAUAAUUGUCAGUGCAUAAAGUAAUCAGCCCAUUUGUUAAGAAUCAACCCCAGGAAGUAUUGACAUGGGAUCAUAAAUGGGAAAUCCAGCAACUUUUCUCUCUUAAGUUAGAGUCCGUCAAAUUCCCACAACUGCUCUUAAUUCUCAACUUAAUGAUAUGGUAAUGAAAUUUGUAUUGUUUUUUAUUUUGAAGAUUCGUUUUUUUUAGGAAGAAAAAAAUAUUCUGUCAAACGCUCAUAGCUCAGGGGCUUUGGGUAGGAGCUCUCCAUUUUAAUUUGGUGUCCUUAAUUAUUCACAUAGUCAUGCGUACCCCUCCUGUUAAGUUCCCCCGGGUUAGGAUAUAGACAGACACAACGCUCAGUAUUACAAGCAGGAUCUAAAUCUGGGUGCCCAUUUCCUUUCUGAACAGGAACUCAAGCUCAGUCUGCCCUUUUCCUUAGAAUGAUAUAUCCCUAGAAUAUUUAUAAAUCAGAAUUAACAGAGCAACGGGGGCGCAAAAUAGACAUUGAAUUUGUCAACUAUUUCUCGUGAGCCUAUUUGUGAAUAUUCUCCCCAAAUACCUGCUAUCACUUUGCAGGUCAAGUUUUUGAAAGUAGGAAGAAAAAGAUGGAGGCCUAUGGAAAGAUCCCAGCAGUGAGCCACGGCUGGUAGUGAGCCACGGCUGGUAACGAGCCACGGUGAAAAGUCGUUUGGCAAACCCAGCACGCACGUCCUUCCCCCGCUGGGGUACUGCGAUCUCUGCUGAGACCCCAGCACAAGAGCAAAGGAAGGUGUUAAUGAAUAUUGUCUUUCUCCCUCAGUGGAGGACUGUUAUUUACUAUUAAACUGUACCAAGAAUGGAAACUAUUUUCUGAAGAUUUGAUACCCUAUAAAAUUGUUAUUUCUACCUGAUAAAACAAGACUUGCCAAUUUUGACACUUUAUUCUUUCCUACCUUUUUAAAAUAAGUUUUUAGGUCUUAACGUUGACAUCAAAUGCUUAAGUGCCGGAAAGGCGCUUUCACAUUGCCCCAACACAUUACGGUCCAUUUGGGGCACCUUUCUGUCCUUUUUUUUUUUGCCAUUUUUUUUCCCUGAGCUCUUUUUUCCCUGAGCUUUUAAAUUAUUUUUCCUGUUUUUUUUUUAAAAAAACGCUGACUUUUGUACUGACAUUGUACUGACUCUAACUUCUCUUUCCCGUCAACUCCCCUCUCAGGAUUCUGGCCCCUUUCCAAAAGGUGAGCGAUCCUAGUCCAGUCCUCCUGGUGACUGUGCUGUGUCCUCUGACGUCCCCUUCCCUGCCAGCUGCCCCAUCUCCAUUGCACAGACAUCUUCUGUCUGAUGCCCACUUGCUCUUGCAUUGAUUCCUCUAGUUUUCUAAAACUGAUUUGCUCUAGGGUGCUUAACCCCCACUUCCAUCCCAUUACAACUGUGUGUUGUAAGGAUUGUCUCCCAGAAACUCACUGUAAAAUAAGGGCUAGCUUGGAGUCUCACUAUUGUUGCUCCUCUAUGACAGAACACAAGCUGGGCUAAGGAGAAGCCCCUUUGGAGCAACUGAACUCUAGUUCAGUUUUAGGUCUCAAACAUGGGCUAAAAUCUGUUAUCCUAGUUCGUUCCAGGUAAAAAUGAGACUCGGACAUCCCUGGUCCUUCACUGUAUUAAGCUUAUUCUUAAUUGUCAGUGGGGCGCUCCAGUCUCACCACUCGGCAGCACUGCUGCGGUUCUGGAUGCCCUCCUGGGCUUCAUGUCUGCGAGCAGCCAGGGAUGCCAUCAUUCAGAGUGACAGGGUCACGCAGCUGUAAGUCAAGGCAGCUUGAAACUUCUCAGAUCAAAGGGGAAAACUUGGGUAGUUUACACUGUCAAGCUCAGUUUAGUUAGAGGUUCCAGGAUGCUUAUUUCCAAUUUGGUCUUUAAUUCUAGAGGAGCUUAAUAGAACACUUAUAGCCUUAAACCAUUCAAGGGCUGGUAAAAAUACACAGAACUAUCUUAGCCACAAUAUUUGAAUCAAGUGAAUAUUUUAAGCUGUCAUUAAGUGUUGCAACUUUAAAAAAACAAAAUGUUUACUUUGUGAUUUUCUUAAAACAAACUCUAGAAAAAAAAAUGUGUAUAAUCUGUUAUGGCAAAUGUUUUUUCCCAAAUAAAUGUCCUCUUACUCAUAGGAAUGAAAACACUUAAAUGAAUAUUGUAAGCAUAUCUGUUAAUAAUUCCCACAAUUUUUUAAGCUAACAAAAUAAUAGAAUAUUUACUUAAUAGAAUUAAACAAAUUUUCAACCCAUCAAAAUUAUAUAUUAAACUAUUUAGGCAUAUCGGGGGAUAAAGACCUCCCCACCCCCAUCAGAAAGGGAUUUCUUAUUUUUAAGGCAAAAUGGUAUUUACUGUGAUGGGCAGAACAGCACUUUGUGUGUAAGAGAACAUUCUAGUUCUUUCCAAUAUCAUUUUAUGCUGUUCCUGGGGGCUUAUUUGGAAAAUAAGGAUAUCACUUUUUUGGUUUUCCUUUGAAAGA